AUGAAACGUCUGGGGCUUUCCGCUUUGGACAAUGUUCAAAAUCAUAACCAGAGGUAUCAGGAGGUUGGAAAGAAGCUUCUCGAAGAUCAGACAAACCAAUUACAAACUCAACUGACAGUAUUUCAGAAUGGACUUAUCAGUUUUAUCAAAGAGCAUAAAAAGGAUAUCGAAGAUGAUCCCAAAUUUCGAACUGAAUUCAGUCAAAUUUGCCUCAAUUUUGGUGUUGAUCCCCUAGCUGCAUUUAGUAUAGCUUAUAAUGGUGAAGGGGGACAGUCUACAGAGAAGUCCAAACAAAAAGUGGUUAAAAACGAUUCAACUGCUAAUCAGAGCGAGCAAGAUUUUUAUAAUGAUUUGGGCAUUAAGAUUAUGGAAAUCUGUCAGGAUACUGCUGAUAUUAACGGAGGAGUCAUCUCGAUCAAAGAGAUACUUCAAAUUCUUUCUAAUAAGCCUCUCACCAAAUUAUUUGGAAUUCAAUUAACACAGGAUGACAUAGUCAAAAGCAUAAACGCACUUACAGAAGCUUUAGGAACAGAAUUACAGAUAAUCACCAUAGGCCACAAACUCUAUUGCAAAUCUGUUCCUCAAGAGCUAAAUAAAGAUAAUUCCACAGUGCUAGAGACUUGUGGUAACAUCGGUUUCGUCACUGUUUCUCUACUUAUCGACAAUUUUCGCUGGAAGAAAGCCAGGGCUACCACAGUACUGGAAGAUAUGGUCGCCAAUGGGCUGCUUUGGAUAGACGAACAAGCCAGUGAAAUCCAGUACUGGGAAUUGUCUUAA